AUGGCAUCCGCCGCCAUCGCGCGCUUCAGCCUCAUCUUCUACGCGCCCCCGGCCGCCGUGCAGGCCUGCAAGGCGGCCAUCUUCGGUGCCGGCGCGGGCCGCUACCCGGGGACGGGAAACUACACCGAGUGCUGCUGGUCGGCGACGGGGACGGGCCAGUUCCGGCCCGGCGACGCGGCGAACCCGCACAUCGGCAGGCCCGGCGAGCUCGAGGAGACCCCCGAGGUCCGCAUCGAGACGCUGUGCGUGGGCGAGGAUGUUGCGAGGCGGGCCGUCGCUGCGCUGAAGACUGCUCAUCCCUACGAGGAGCCGGCGUACCACGUGAUCAAGCUGGAGGACUUCUGA